AUGGCGGCAGGGCCAGGGCGCCAGGGAGAGGGCUGGAAGCUGGGUCCUGUAGGGCUCCUCCGCCUCAGCAAAUCCCAACAAUGGCGGAAAGAAGAUGCCUGUGAUGCCAGGCCAUGCAUGUGCCUGGAAAACGUCAUCGAUGUGGCCGAAGAAUCCAUGUUAAGCCGAGCUUUGAUGUCUUUGAAAACCAAGGCCCGUUUCCCCGCUUACAGGCACCUGUGGCAGAGGAAAGCUGCCCUUUUCAGAGAAAAUGAACUCAUCACAAAAGCAGUUGAUGGCGAGUACUGGAUGGGAUCCUCCCCUAGGAAAUGCUUGUUAAUCACAGCCAGCCAGUUUUCCGAGCAGCGCACUGGUGCUGGAGCACUGGUUGACUGGGAACACGGCUGUGGCCAGUGCUACCCAGGAGAGCAGCUUGGCAGGUUGCGUGUCUUCGCGCCUUUUGAACUAGGAGACAAUGCGGUGUGCCUUGCAGAGGAGAAAGCUUGGCAGAGCUGCUGCGAGGUGGACAGUCAGUGCCCGUUCAUUGGCAAAGCUGGCACAGCCAGAGAAUCGGCUGCGGCCAUACGCAAGCAGUUUAAUAUGAGGAAAGUUGCAGACAGGUUUGACAGCCCAGACUCGGAAGUAGUGCCAUAUGUAGAUAUGACAAUAUCAUUUAGUGCUAUCAGGCCGAUCUGUAGGCUGCAGUUUUGUGAUAUUGUCACAUUUUGGUUGAGGGCAGCAGAACUAAAUGUGAGGGAAUCCGACGUAAAAGUGUGUGAUGAGUCGUCAUGUAAAUACGGAGGAGUGUGCAAGGAAGAGGGCGACGGCUUGAAAUGUGCGUGUCAGUUCCAGUGUCACACAAACUAUAUUCCUGUUUGUGGAUCAAAUGGAGACACUUACCAAAACGAAUGCUUCCUCAGGAGAGCUUCUUGCAAACAUCAAAAAGAGAUAACAGUGGUAUCAAGAGGACCUUGUUAUUCUGAUAAUGGCUCUGGGUCAGGAGAAGGAGAGUAUGAAGGAUCUGGGACAGAAGUUCAGAGAAAACACUCAAAAUGUGGAGUUUGCAAAUAUAGGGCUGAAUGUGAUGAAGAUGCAGAAAACGUUGGGUGUGUAUGUAAUAUAGACUGCAGUGGAUACAGUUUUAAUCCUGUAUGUGCUUCUGAUGGAAGUUCCUAUAACAAUCCAUGCUUUGUUAGAGAAGCAUCAUGUCUGAGGCAAGAGCAGAUCGACAUCAGGCAUCUUGGACACUGCUCAGACACAGAUGACGCAAACGCAGUUGGAAAGAAAGAUGAUGGCAUGCAGUAUCGGCCGGAGGUGAAAGAUGCCAGUGAUCAAAGAGAAGACAUUUACAUUGGAAACCACAUACCUUGUUCAGAAAGCUUCAACGGCUACUGUAUACAUGGAAAAUGUGAAUUCAUUUAUUCCACUCAGAAGGCUUCCUGCCGGUGUGAAUCAGGAUAUACUGGACAGCACUGUGAAAAGACAGACUUUAGUAUUCUUUAUGUUGUCCCAAGUAGACAAAAGCUUACGCAUGUCCUUAUUGCAGCAAUAAUUGGAGCUGUACAGAUUGCCAUUAUAGUUGCAAUUGUCAUGUGCAUAACAAGAAAAUGCCCCAAAAACAAUAGAGGACGUCGGCAGAAGCAAAACCUAGGCCAUUUUACUUCAGAUACAUCAUCCAGAAUGGUUUAACUUAGUGAUUUUUAUACCUACAUUGACCAUGUGAUGUACAUUUUUAUUAUAUCUUUUUUUAAAGAAUGGAAAUAUUUAUUUCAGAGGCCUUAUUUUUGAACAUUUUUAGUGUAACAAUGUUGGUCUAUAUUCUGAAAGCAUCAGCUCUAACAGCUAUGGACUGUUUUAGUAUCUUUACUUUUAUGUUUUUGAAUACAGUAGUUCGGUUUCUGUAUCUGUAUCACAUGGUUAUAUAAUAGACUUGUGCUUUAUCCAUGGAAUGUAAUAUUUUUGGGAACACAGAUUUAUUCCACCAAUGGUUGUAGAUUUAAAAACAACAACAACAACAAACCAACAAAAAAGUCCACAUUACCUAGCAAACAAGGCAUGAACUAAAGGUAAAAAUGUUUACAGCUUACUUUUCUUAUGAGAAACUAGAAAACACUGUGUUUAAAUACCGUAGAUAUUUAAAUGUUUUUGGAAGUUAGUAACUGAUUUUUUAGACACUGCCUAUCGCAUGAACUGUGAAGCUGUGUGCUGUGUGUAGUUGUAACAUAUUUAUAAAACGUGUGGACUGGGUCUAAGCACUGCCAUCUUCAUAAAUAAUUCCAACGAUUUAUUUUUAAAGAGGAAAAUUAUAAAUUUCAUAAUUGGGGAAGUUACCUGCUAGAGCAGAUGGCACAGGUGCAACAGAAGUAGGUCUUAGUAGAUUUAGGUAUUGUAAAAAUCGGUGUUGAAUAAUCGAACACAAAUAAUUGGAAUAAAGCCUACUUUAUCACUGUUAAAGCUGUUUUAAUACUUCUUAAACUUUUUUAAAGAAAAUACAUGUUUUAACACCUACAAUAUGGAUUGUAUAGUGUUUGUGAUUAAAAUAAAAAAAAAAUAAUAAAAGUGAAUGAAUUACUAGUGCUCUUGUAUAGAGUAUUUUCAAGAGCUAAACAAGUCCAUCCGGAUUAGUCUGCUGGUCAUAGGUAUAUUAAUAGACUGUUAGUUGUCGUUUGAAAGAUCCCGAGAUAAAGUGUGAAUAGGAUGUGUUCAGCUGUUUUAACAUGUAGUGUAGGCUAUCCAAGUUUUGCAUGUAGGAUUUAAUAAUUUGUUCAAUAAAAAAAAAAAAUAAUGCUUUUGACAUUUUGAACUGGAAAAGCAUGUCACAAUACAAUGUUUUCACUAUA